AUGGAUAGAACACUUAGAGAUGUUCUUAGCUGUGUUGAUAUGCCCUUUGGUGGAAAAGUUGUCGUUCUAGGAGGUGACUUUCGGCAAAUAUUACCUGUCAUUCCAAAUGGCAGUAGACAAGAUAUAGUUCAUGCAACCAUCAAUUCUUCCUAUCUAUGGUCCCAUUGUCAUCUGUUAUCUUUGACCAAGAACAUGCGUCUCAAUUCUGGAAGUAGCACUAAUAAUUUGUUGGAAAUAAAAGAAUUUUCUGAGUGGCUGCUUAAAAUAGGAGAUGGUGAUCUUGGGGAUGAUGUUGAUGGAGAAUCUAUUAUAACAAUUCCAGAUGAAUUGUUGAUCAAAGGUUCAGAAGACCCACUUUCAGAUAUUGUUGAUUUUGUUUACCCGAAUCUGAUGGAUAAUAUAUUAGAUCCUACUUUCUUUAAAGAACGUGCUCUUCUGACUCCUAAAUUGUCCGAUGUUGCCAUGUUAAACGAGCACCUAAUGGCUAUGAUUCCGGGUGAAGAAAGGACAUUAUUGAGUUCAAAUAAGGUUUUGAAACAAGACGAUAAUUCAUCUCUUGAGGAUGACGAAAUCUCCCCUGAUAUCUUAAAUACAUUCUCAUGUUCGGGGAUUCCUUAUCAUAAAUUAACUUUGAAGGUUAAAGUACCGGUGAUGCUAUUGAGAAAUAUUGAUCAAUCAAGAGAUUCAGUAUUCGAGGCACAUUCAGUAUAUUAUUCCCUUGUCAUUUUUCAGAGUCAAAGGAUUUUCAUUGUAAUUCUGAAUUAUUCAUCUGCCUGA